GAUCUGUGGAGCUCAAUUUAUUGUCGGAAGAUGAAGCUGUUAGACCAAUUUGGCUUGGAAGGUUUGAGUUCGCAAUUAAGUAACGGUAGUAAAAGAUAUAAAAUUGAUGCCAGGCUAGAAAGCUAUUCAUGCAAAAUGGUUUCAGAAGAGAAACGUCAAUAUAAGGAAUUAGUUUCUCGUUUAAAUAGUGAUGAAAAUCAAGAAUCUCCUGCCCUUUACCUUGGGUCCUCGCAAACUCUACGGGAUUUGUAUGAAAUGACUGGACAAGUGGUCGAUCCCGAAACAAUUCGGAUGAGUAUCAUCCAGAAUCAGUCACCAUCGGUCACUUGUUUUUUCUCAUAAUUUUUUUUCAUUACUCUCUGUGUCCUCGUAUCAUUUUAUUGAGUUCUCAUUGUAUGCUUUUAUAGAGUUGGUGCAUCUCUCUGGGUUAGCAGUAGAAGUUUACGAAGUACUUGACUAAAAUUUUACGCUUAAUGCUACCAUCUUGCGGAUUAUUUCCGUCCUAGUUGCUCUUUAUUUCUAUCCACGUGUUUUUUCAUAAUCUGCUUGUCAUUUUAGCUUCGCAAAGUCAAGUAAAUACGACUUAUGUACAGUAAUAAUAUUACUCUAACAUAUAAUUACGUUACGCCAAAAACCGGGAAAAUAGAAAAAUAACCAACUUUAUAUUCAUAUAGGAUUUUAUUUUCAGGGAUUUGUUACUGCCUUAUACUCAUUGGCUUUAAAUAUCUCUUAUUAUUUGAAGAUGUAAUAGUGCUUGUAAUUACUAGUUGUGUAGGUGUUCACAGUCUAGAACCGACCCGUCUGUUGGCUGGUACCUUGGCGUGGUAGACGGGCUUGUGUGUUGCAGUGAUCCUGAGGGCUAUACCGACCGAGGUUCAACCAUGUCGGGAAGGCCGAAGGUGAGCAACGAGACGAAAUCCAGCUACUAUUUAGUAACUUGAAAUUACAAACAUCUUUGGAUGAUAAUCUAAGUAAGUACGAGAUUUCCGUUUAAAAUGGAUAAACUAACAAAGUAGGUGCAACUAAGCAGUCCUUACCUUCAAAUCACGGUCCAUUCAUCUCGGACUACUUGCAGUUAUUCAUAGUUUUAGUUUGGUAUUUAAGUGUAGAUGUGGUUCAUCACAAGAUUACUGGUUUAUUACUUUAUUAUACUGGAAAUUCAAUAGCAUGUUUUAUCUCGGAAAUAAAUAUCCAGACUCUGAAAUAAAGAUCUAUUUACAACACUAAGGAAACUGUUUGAACCCAAACAUACUUGUGUUAUAAAAUAAAUUGGUCCGUACAGUCCGUUAAAUAUAAGUUAAGAAUGCAUGUAGUACGCGCUUGUUCUUAAAAUUAUUUAAAUGUGUUACCUGUUUACAUUCAGUGAUCGUUGAGCGAUCAAUAAUGCCAUUGUUUUGAGGUUGUUCAUAGUUCUUAUAUUUAUUUUAAUUUCUUGAUUCCUGAUUAAUUUGACAGAAUUCUUCCAGCCUCUCCCCUCCCAGAAAUGUAUGCAGCGGAAGAAAACGUACUCGAUCUGAAACAUCUAUAUGUUUGAAUGAUAGUACUUCAGAAUCACCGUCUCCAAAGUUUCCAACCUCAGCUCUAUCAACCAAAGAUUUGUUCUGUUUAAUGAGUACAUUAAAUAGUUGUUUUGGCCCUGCCUAUGAUUUCCUUACUGCUAGAAGUGAUGAAUUUUGUUUGGAACCUGAACUAUGGCUUGUAAAACACUACAUUUCUCGGUUCUGUUCCAUUUAUGUGGAUAAAUACGAAGAUCUAGCACCUCAUCUUUGGAAAGUCAUCGGUGAUGAAAUUGUGCCUGCUCAAUGUCGCAUAUAUAGUUAUCGUCCUGAUCAUCUAUCCGAUCCAUACAGCUCAGGAUGUUUAGCAUCUUUCAAUUAUUUUUUUCAUAAUCGAUGCUUACGUCGUGUAUUAUUCUUUUCUCUUCGUGUAUUAAAUGAUUCACUCGUAGAUGAUGAUGAAGAUGAACUAACUGAAUCCAAUUUAUACUAAACAAAUUGAAAUGAUCUUAGUUGUUUAUUUGUAAACUUAUUCUCUUCAGGAAUGACUAAAAACUGUUUACGAUGAUUUGUCGAUAGUUCUAUUAUAUGACUUUCCAUAAUUCUAUCAAUCACCUAUGAGCAGAGAUACACGUAUAGUUUAUUAUACGUACUCGUAAGGAAGUUAUAUUUUUAUCAUCACCAUUAUACAUACAUACCGCACUAUAUUGAUUCAUCCCAUAUUUCAGGGCUUUUGCAUUUAUAGUUUUUAUUUUCCUCAAAAUAUAUUUCAUUGUACUAACAACCAUAAUGCAUGAAAUGUUUUAGAAUUCCCUUUCAUUUUACCUGUAUUCACACACGACCAACAUGUUAAUAUUUAUAAUUGAUCACUUAGUUUAUCAAAUAACUUUCGUGUAUAUAUUCUUUUUGUGACAAUAUAAAUCUCUCCUACACAAAGCUUAUUAUUUAAAUGUAUUUUUUUACACAGAACUUUUCCACUAUAAAUCUGUAAUAGUUUGUGUUCUACUGAUAACCGAUAUAAGUAGGAUGUGUCACCGAUCGAAAUUGGAAUACCUGGCUGCAGAAGAUUGAGAAGAUCGAAGAGGCGAGAACGAGAACAGAGUUAUUGGUGCGGAAACGAAGAAACAGUUAAGUGUUUACUAUAUGGUUCUCAGAUUUUCCUAACAGAUUCUGUAAAUUUGUGUUCAAAUACAUUUGUUUGUCCCCGCCUGUGUUCUCGUUCACUACGGUAUACCCGGCUUUAUAUCACUCCCUGUCUCCCAUUCUUGUCUGGUUGGUUGUAUCUGGUUUGCGUGUCACACCCAUAUCUAUUGUCUGGCUUUUACUUCAUCGAUGACUUUCCUUUUAUUCGGAUUAUGAUGCCGAACUUUCAGGUUGGCUUUACUCCCAGGAAGUCUCUUGCUAUUACCGUUUGUCCCACGCUGAACGCUCUGGCUAAUGCACUGUCUGUUGUUGAAUUACCGUUCCAUUCGUUUAUUCUUGCAGAGGUUGGUUCUAGGUUUUAGUUUCAUUUGUUCUCUAGGUAUUCUAAUUUCUCCUCCAAAAUUGCUUCUGCCGGACAUUCCUGAUUAUUUGUUGCUGGGUCGCGUGUUGCGCUGUAGGUUAGUAGAAAUCUCCUCCCUCGGCUUUAAACAGUGCUCUUUUAAACAUGUCCACGAACCUCUCGACUAAACCGUUAGACUAUGGAUGGUAUGGAGGUGUCUUGAUAUGCCUAACGGCAUUGCCGAUGCAGAACUUCGAAAAUUCGACAGGGUUAAAUUGUGGUCCAUUAUUCAACACCAAUAUAUCUGGACACUCAAAGUAGCCGGAUGUUUGUCUCAGUUUUCCCACAGUAGCUUUUGUCGAGACAGACUUCAUGUAAUGGACUUCUGGCCAUUUGGAGAAGGCAUCGACGAUCACCAAGAUCUGUUUCUUGUUUACGGGACCGGCGAAAUCCACAUGCACUCUCGACCACGGAUUUUUUGGUGUUCCCCAACUCUGCAUUUCCGUCUCCCGAGGGGUUUUGAUAGCUCUCACACAUGCGGAACAUCUCGCAACAUAUUAUUCGAUCUGAGUAUCAAUAUUCGGCCAGUAUACAUAGCCACGUGCAAGUGCUUUCAUCCGUGGUACCACUGAGUGAGCAGCAUGCAGCUCUAACAUCACCUUACGAAGUAAGCUUGUGGGUACAACUACUCGAUCUCCAAACACCAGGCACCCGUCCACAAGUGAUAGGGAAUUUUUUUCGGUAAGCAUACUGCUCAGUGUUCUUGUUGUCUGUGUGAGCGGGCCAACCAUGUUCGAGAUAACUAAUAAUCCGCUUCAGCUCGUCGUCUUCUUAAGUAUAGCGUUUAAUAUCUUCAGCGGAUAACAGUGUUGCUUUUAUAUCAACUUGUAUUUGAUGAAUAUCUUCUCCCAACGAUAUCGUUGCAAUAAUAGGAUCUUCACUUUCCUGCUUCUGACUCGUAAUUAGUCGAGAUAAAACAUCAGCUGGUCCAAACGUUUUUGUUGAUUUACAUACAAUUUCGAAAUCAUAAGUAAGUAAUGUAAUAGCCCAGCGUCGUAAUCUGUUUGCUGUAUAUGCAGGAAUUUUAUUUUAUUUUAUUUGAACACAUGAAUAUUGGUACAAGAGAACGCCAAAUAUAUAUGCGCCACACAAAACAAUGAGAAUUUAAAGAAAAUGAAAAAAAGGCGAAGAGGGUAAAAAAGAACAAUAAGGAAGAGAUUGGUGUAAGGUAGUGUAAAAAUAAUCGUGGUAAUAAUGGAUGAACGGAAAGGAACAAUCAGAAGAAACCCUUCAGUUAAGGAAGAUACAACCAGUUCUUUUUUACGAAGAAAGUAAAAGAAGGUUACAGCAGGAUCGCCACUGGCUUCUAUUCUGAGCCAUAUCUGAUAACGUCUCUAGCCACUGUGUAGCACCAUCUCUCAGACCCCAACCAGGGAAUCGUGAAGGACCAACAGAAGCCAGUCCUUUGCAGCUUUCUUUCAUGC